AUGGCAGCUGUUGAAGUGCUAGAGGAGGUACUGGUUUCCAUUGAAAAUGAACUUCAGGCAGUGGAGAUGCAGAUUCAGGAGCUUAUGGAUAAACAACAGGAGCUCAUUCAAAAGAAGAAGAGGGUAAAGGAUCUGAUAAAGCAGUCCUCAGGAGACUUGGAGGCCGGUGGAAGUAAAGAUAAUGAAACCUUAGCUGAGUCAUGGAACAAGAAAGAUUUUCCAUGGUAUGAGAAGAUAAAAACUGCAUUGCAGAACAAGUUUAAACUCCAGAAGUUUAGGUCCUUGCAGCUUGAAACAGUAAAUGCUGCAAUGUCAGGAAAGGAUAUUUUUCUUGUGAUGCCUACAGGGGGUGGAAAGAGCCUUUGCUACCAGUUACCAGCUGUCUGUUCUGAUGGUUUCACGCUGGUAAUAUGUCCUUUAAUAUCACUUAUGGAAGAUCAGCUCAUGGUUUUGGAACAGCUUGGUAUUUCUGCAACUUUAUUAAAUGCCUCAAGCAGUAAGGAACAUGUGAAGUGGGUUCAUACUGAGAUGAUAAACAGAAAUUCGCAGCUGAAGCUGAUUUAUGUGACCCCAGAGAAGAUUGCAAAAAGCAAAAUGUUCAUGUCAAAGCUAGAGAAAGCUUAUCAAACCGGAUGUCUUGCUCGCAUUGCUGUAGAUGAAGUCCAUUGCUGUAGUCAGUGGGGCCAUGACUUCAGGCCUGAUUACAAGUCUCUUGGUAUCCUGAAAAGACAGUUUCCCAAUACUCCCUUGAUUGGAUUGACAGCAACAGCUACAAAUCAUGUUUUAAAGGACGCUCAGAAAAUUUUGCAUGUUCAGAAGUGCAUUACCUUUACUGCAUCUUUCAACAGACCCAAUCUUUACUAUGAGGUUCGACAUAAGCCUUCAAAUAAUGAAGAUUUCAUUGAGGACAUAGUUAAGAUCAUUAAUGGAAGAUACAAAGGACUUUCAGGAAUAGUUUACUGUUUUUCUCAGAAAGAUUCUGAGCAAGUUACUGUGAGUUUGCAGAAACUGGGAAUCAAAGCAGGCACUUACCAUGCAAACAUGGAUGCUAAAUAUAAGACCAAAGUUCAUAAAGGAUGGGCAGCAAAUCAAAUCCAGGUUGUAGUGGCAACUGUUGCUUUUGGCAUGGGAAUUGAUAAACCUGAUGUGAGGUUUGUAAUUCAUCAUUCUAUGAGUAAGUCCAUGGAGAACUACUACCAAGAGAGCGGACGUGCAGGCAGAGAUGACCAAAAAGCUGACUGUAUUUUGUAUUAUGGUUUUGGAGAUAUAUUCAGAAUCAGCUCAAUGGUAGUGAUGGAAAAUGUAGGGCAAGAGAAGCUGUAUGAUAUGGUGUCUUACUGCCAGAAUAUGAACAAGUGUCGCCGGGUCCUUAUAGCCCAUCAUUUUGAUGAAGUAUGGGAUUCUGCAAACUGCAACAGAAUGUGUGAUAACUGCUGUAGAGAGAACUCAUCUGAGAAAAUGGAUAUAACAGGAUACUGCAGAGAUUUAAUCAAGAUACUUGAGAAAGCUGAAAACAUGAGUGAGAAACUCACCCCACUGAAAUUACUCGAUGCAUGGUCUGGGAAAGGUGUAUCAAAGCUGAGGGUGGCUGAAGUUACUCCACCAAAGCACCCUCGAGAGGAACUGGAGAGAAUUAUUGCCCACUUACUGCUCCAGCAGUAUCUGAAGGAAGAUUUCAGCUUCACGGCAUUUUCAACAAUAUCUUACCUGAAGAUAGGACCAAAAGCAGGUCUGCUGACUAAUGAGGCCCACGUCAUCACUAUAGAAGGGAUAACAAACAAGAAAAGUGUUUACAAGGACAAACCUUUGAAUUCAAAAGGAAGGAGAGAAAAUGCACAGACUAUUUCAAAGACUGUUCAAGAUUCAGUGGUGAAGAAGUCACAGGACCAGAAACGGCCUAACUGUGGCUCUAACUUAAAAGCAAAGAAGCUUAAGCUAGAGGCAGCUGAUGACCAAACAGUAGUUCUUGACUGA